AUGGACAGCUGUAUACUGUUCUAUGUGGCGUCCACCUCGGUCAAAGACUUCUUGUCUCUCAAUUAUUUGAAGUUUGUCAAAGCCCUGGACAGCCUGUUCAACCUGCAGGCCUCCAAGACUCACAUGUUUGGGAUUAAGCCUACAGGUGAUAAAGUCCUGCUCCUGGCUGCGGUGAAGAGUUACAACGGUCAGCACCUGAAUGGAGAAGUUGCCAGCAGUAUCUCUGCUGCCCACCGGAGACUCCUGGAGGCUCAGAGCAACGUCACUCUGUCCUACAUCACCAGCGACCCCUGCCUCGUCAACCCCUGUCUGAACGGGGCCACCUGCAGCAAAAAUGUCCACAUCGGCCCAGAGGUGUUCGUCCUGGAGAGCCCGUCGGUCAUCUUUGUGUCACCGCAGAAUGAGAUCUUUAAUUGUUCCUGUUCAGCGGGCUUUGCCGGCACCCUGUGCGAAUUAGACAUCGAUGAGUGUGACGAGAGACCCUGCGAGAACGAGAGUGUGUGUGUUAAUAAUCCAGGAGGGUUCCGUUGCCACUGUCAGAGGGGCUUCUCUGGCCUGUACUGCUCGGCUGACGUGGAUGUAUGCCUGGAGGUCGACUGUCGACAUGGAGGGACGUGCCUGAACACGGAUGAUGGGGUUCACUGUGACUGUAGUCCUGGAUAUGAGGGUAAGUAAUAUUGAACCUGCAUCUCAACAUUGAUUUACGCACAAACAGUUCCUCUAUAAUGCAUGUAACCCAGUCAGUACAAAUGCAUGUUAAAACUGAGGGUUGAGAAUUGGAGGGUACAAAUCUUAGAUCAACGCAGGUCAACUUACUAAUAGACUAAUUGUUCUCACAACGCUAAUAUGUCAGAUGAACACUUGCAUUCCACAAUGGCUUUACACAAAAAGAGUACUGUAGCAAUUAUUCCAAAUACUGUACAGAAAAAAAUGAACAUUCGUCUCAAAACAGAGAUAAAGAGAGGAGUUGGAGUCUUAACUCUUAACGUUUUGUUCUUUUCAGGAGAGUUUUGUGAGCGUUCCGUUAACCACUGCGCAUCAGCACCUUGUCUCCAAGGCAACUGCACCAAUGGUCUGACAGGAUACAUAUGUCAUUGCCCUUUUGGUGAGAAAUUAUACAAUCUGUUAACAUACACACUUCUUCUCCAGGCUGGGCUAUACAUCGGUUAAGUCACUCAUAUGAUUGUAUUUGUGGUUAUUAUAUUGACCUGGCAUUAAACUGGCUGUAAAGGCUUGUCACACCAACAUACAUACACGACCGGUCAAAAGUUUUAGAACACCUACUCAUUCAAGGGUUGUUCUUUAUUUGUACUAUUUUUUUGUAGAAUAAUAGUGAAGACAUCAAAACAAUGAAAUAACACAUGAUGACAGCUUUGCACACUCUUGGCAUUCUCUCAACCAGCUUCAUGAGGUAGUCACCUGGAAUGCAUUUCAAUUAACAGGUGUGCCUUGUUAAAAGUUAAUUUGUGGAAUUUCUUUCCUUCUUAAUGCAUUUGAGCCAAUCAGUUGUGUUGUGACAAGGUAGGGAGGGGAGGGGGGUGGGGGGUGGGGGGGGUAUACAGAAGAUAGCCCUAUUUGGUAAAAGACCAAGUCCAUAUUAUGGCAAGAACAGCUCAAAUAAGCAAAGAGAAACGACAGUCCAUCAUUACUUUAAGACAUGAAGGUCAGUCAAUACGGAACAUUUCAAGAACUUUGAACGUUUCUUCAAGUGUAGUCGCAAAAACCAUCAAGCGUUAUGAUGAAACUAGCUCUCAUGAGGACCGCCACAGGAAUGGAAGACCCAGAGUUAACUCUGCUGCAGAGGAUAAGUUCAUUAGAGUUACCAGCCUCAGAAAUUGCAGCCCAAAUAAAUGCUUCACAGAGUUCAAGUCACAGACACAUCUCAACAUCAACUGUUAAGAGGAGACUUGUCACACCCUGGCUAUGGGACUCUAGUUGUUGAGCCAGGGUGUGUUUGUUCUAUGUGGUGUGUUUCUAUGUUGGGGGUUCUGGUUUGUUGUUUUCUAUGUUUGCCUUAGUGACUCCCAAUCAGAGGCAACGAGUGUCAGCUGUUGGCUGGUUGUCUCUGAUUGGGAGCCAUAUUUAACUGUCUGUUUUUCACUUUGUGUUUGUGGGUUUUUGUUCCGUGUUGGUCAUUGUUACCAAGGACGUCACGAGUCGUUUGUUGUUUUGUUUCGUGCUUUAUUAAAUAAAGUAACAUGUUCAUUCAUCACGCUGCGCAUUGGUCUACUUCUCUCCCUGACGAUCGUGACAAGACUGUGUGAAUCAGGCCUUCAUGAUCGAAUUGCUGCAAAGAAACCACUACUAAAGGACACCAAUAAGAAGAAGAUACUUGCUUGGGCCAAGAAACACGAGCAAUGAACAAAGAGUACUGUAGCAAUUAUUCCAAAUACUGUACAGAAAAAAAUGAACAUUAGUCUCAAAACAGAGAUAAAGAGAGGAGUUGGAGUCUUAACUAUUUAACGUUUUGUUCUUUUCGAAUUGCUGCAAAGAAACCACUACUAAAGGUCACCAAUAAGAAGAAGAUACUUGCUUGGGCCAAGAAACACGAGCAAUGAACAUUAGACUGGUGGAAAUGUAUCCUUUGGUCUGGAGUCCAACCGUUCCAACCGGUUGCAGUUCCAACCGCUGUGUCUUUGUGAGACACGGUGUGGGUGAACGGAUGAUCUCCGCAUGUGUACAUUUACAUUUACAUUUAAUCAUUUAGCAGACGCUCUUAUCCAGAGCGACUUACAGGAGCAAUUAGGGUUAAGUGCCUUGCUCAAGGGCACAUAUUUCCCACCAUAAAGCCAACACCAUAAAGGAGGUGUUAUGGUGUGGGUGUGCUUUUGCUGGUGACACUGUCUGUGAUUUAUUUAGAUUUCAAGGCGCAGCGAUACUCCAUCCCAUCUGGUUUGGGCUUAGUGGGACUAUCAUUUGUUUUUCAACAGGCCCUCCAGGCUGUGUAAGGGCUAUUUGACCAAGAAGGAGAGUGAUUGAGUGCUGCAUCAGAUGACCUGGCCUCCACAAUUCCCAAAUGGAGAUGGUUUGGGAUGAGUCGGACCGCAGAGUGAAGGAAAAGCAGCCAACAAGUGCUCAGCAUAUGUGGGAACUCCUUCAAGACUGUUGAAAAGCAUUCCAGGUGAAGCUGGUUGAGAGAAUGUCAAGAGUGUGCAAAGCUGUCAUCAAGGCAAACGGUGGCUAUUUGAAGAAUCUCAAAUAUAAAAUAUAUUUAGAUUUGUUUAACACGUUUUUGGUUACUACAUCAUUCCAUAUGUGUUAUUUCAUAGUUUUGAUGUCUUCACUAUUAUUCUACAAUUUAGAAAAUAGUAAAAAUAAAGAAAAACCUUUGAAUGAGUAGGUGUCCUAAAACUUUUGAACGGUAGUGUACAUUUGACUUAAUUGUUGUGUGCUGCCACACUUACCAGAAAGCGAAACAUUUACCAGACCACUGAACACUGAUAGUGUCCGUGUAGCGAACCAUUCAUGUAAGCUUGCGAGAUCAGGCGGCUUGCUUAGUCCUUAAAAUGUGUAACCAGAAUGCUGAAAUUAUUUAUUUGAAUCCCUUCAAAAUGUCUGUCCUGAUCCUCCUUUCACAAUUAUGAACCUAUUUUCAGCAUUCUUGUUAGCUCUACAUUUACCUUUGUCUUCUCCCUCAGGUGUGAGUGGCAUCCACUGCGAAGAGGACAGCUAUGGCUUUGAGGAGUUGUCCUAUAUGGAGUUUCCUCCUCUAGAUCCCAGGAGUAACUUUGUCUCCCUGGAGCUGGCCACGUUGCAGCAGAACAGCCUGCUGCUAUAUAACCCUGCAGGUAGAUGGAUUGAUUUGACUUAUUUGCUAUUAAUAAAACCUCAGUGUAAAAACUACACAUGGUGAUACACUGCAUUUAAAAACUGUGUGUGUGAUGUGGCUGGGGGGAUUGAGAAUGGAGCAGAAAACACAUUUCCGUUGUUCGCUGUAACUAAUGGACAAUAAAGUUGUAUUGUUGUAAAAUUAUUGAGGAUAACACCCCCUUUAUGGUCCUUGGUAUCAGGCCCGGGCAGUGCUGAGUACAUGGCACUGGAGGUUGUGAAGGGAAGGGUCUGUCUCUCAUACGACCUGGGCUCUGGAGCUGUCCGUCUGCAGACGGAAAGGCAGGUGGCCGAUGGACGCUUUCACAGCAUUACCGUCAGGAGGAUAGGAAACGUGAGUCCCAAGAGCGCACAUACACGCAGACAUACACACACAUACACGCAGACAUACAAGCGCGCACACACUUAUUUUAGUUUUCAUCUUAUAGAUAGGCUCUCUACAAGUGGACCACUGUCCUGAUGGGAAGGCUACUGGAUUUUGUCUCUCUCAAAGUAAAGGCAUUGGCUCCAAAAGGUACUUGUCUACUCAUUAUUACAUUAUAUGUGGGUUUUAUUUAAUUGAAUGUCAUAUCAAUGUGUUGUAUUCAUUAUCACUUACUACAAUGUGUUCUUGGUCGCUGCUGUCCCUCCCAGGACCCUGGACGUUGGCGGCAGUAACAUGACGUUUGGAGGAGUCAGGUCUAUCGAGUCUGUUCUGCUGCGGCCUGGUCAAGUCCAGACUCAUGACUUUGUUGGCUGUGUGAGAAACAUAAAAGUAAACGGUAUACCUUUAGGGCCCUCCAAAGCUCUGGCGGCCUACAACUUCUUGGAGAGGUAUGAGCUCAGAUUGGACAUCCUCUGUGAGACCAAAUAAGUGUACUAUAGAGGGAAAAGGGUACCAUUCAGGAUUUGGCCUAGGACGGUGGGAUGUAGCGGUUGUCGUAGCUGUAGAGGAGCCAACUGUUGUUGUCAAAAUCUUAUGUCAGAUGAGUGAAUCCAUACAGUACAACAGAUAGAUGGUAUAGUCCUAUUGACAGUUAACAUACAGUAUAACCAAUGGAUGGUAUGGUCACUAGGUGUCCUCGAGCAGCAGUGUCUCCGUGUCUCAGUGGUCCUUGUCUGAACGGAGGAGUGUGUCAGGACCUCUGGUCUCACUACAUCUGUCAGUGUACACACCGCUACACUGGAACCACCUGUAACACAGGUACUGGCCUACACACGUGGGGACAAUUCAAGAAAACCUUAAAAACAAUGGGCAAUUUACACAAUUUACUCCCUGAAUUGACUGAAUUAAAAACAGAAUUAACCCCAGCCUUCCUGGUACUAUAGUCCCACUAAACCUGACUGUGCUUUUGUUUCAUGGUGUGACCAACCUGUUCAAUGACUCGCUGCUCCACUGACCAACUAUUUUAUUUCGGACAGAGAUUUCAGAGGAGCGUGUGUUACAGCUGGGCAGUAGCGACUACAUAGAGUAUGUGGUCAGAGAGAGCUACAGGAGAGAGCAGCAGCUGAGAGACCUGCUGGACGGAGGCAGAGGAGAGACGGAGAGCAGCAGAGAUCUCUCUGAGAUAGAAGUCAAGGUGAAGACUGUGGAGAGAGAUGCAGUGUUGCUGUUCGUUUUGGGAAGGAAAGGACACUUUGAGCUCAGGGUGAGCUGCACAUGAGACUAUCAGCAUGUGAGAUUAUCGGUAUUUCACGGAGCAGUAUCUCUGUACUGUUCACACCAGUAUGUGUUCAGAGAAUUUGAAUGUAUAAAGUUUAGUUAUAGGACACAGAAAAUUGAGUUUGCAAUGGAGAGUGGAGGAGAGAGCUUCUUAAAUGCCAUUCUUUGGUUGAACUUUGGUUCCAAAUGGCACCCUAUUCUGUAGUGCACUACUUUAGCACUGUGGGCCCUGGUCAAAGUAGUGCACUACAGAAUAGGGUGCCAUUUGGGUGCCAACUCUAUAUAGCACAUACAGUGCAUUCGGAAAGUAUUCAGACCCCUUGACUUUUAACACAUUUUGUUACGUUACAACCUUAUUCUAAAAUGGAUUAAAUCUACACACAGAACCCCAUAAUGACAACGCAAAAACCGGUGUUUAGAAAUUUAGUCCCUGGGUCCUUAGCUUAGUGAUGAGCUUUGAGGGCACUAUGGUGUUGAAUGCUGAGCUGUAGUCAAUGAACAGCAUUCUCACAUAGGUGUUCCUUUUGUCCAGGUGGGAAAGGGCAGUGUGGAGUACAAUAGAGAUUGCAUCAUCUGUGGAUCUGUUGGGGCGGUAUGCAAAUUGGAGUGGGUCUAGGGUUUCUGGGAUAAUGGUGUUGAUGUGAGCCAUGACCAGCCUUUCAAAGCACUUCAUGGCUACAGACGUCAGUGCUACGGGUCGGUAGUCAUUUAGGCAGGUUAUCUUAGUGUCCUUGGGCACAGGGACAAUGGUGGUCUGCUUGGAACAUGUUCGUAUUAGACUCAGUCAGGGACAUGUUGAAAAUGUCAGUGAAGACACUUGCCAGUUGGUCAGCACAUGCUCGGAGUACACGUCCUGGUAAUCCGUCUGGCCCUGCGGCCUUGUGAAUGUUGACCUGCUUAAAAGUCUUACUCACAAUGGCUACGGAGAGCGUGAUCACGUAGUCAUCUGGAACAGCCGAUGCUCUCAUGCAUGCUUCAGUGUUGCUUGCCUCGAAGCAAGCAUAGAAGUGAUUUAGCUCGUCUGGUAGGCUUGUGUCACUGGGCAGCUCGCGGCUGUCCUUCCCUUUGUAGUCUGUAAUAGUUUUCAAGCCCUGCCACAUCCGACGAGCGUCAGUGCAGUACGAUUCCAUCUUAGUCCUGUAUUGACUCUUUGCCUGUUUGAUGGUUCAUCGGAGGGCAUAGCAGGAAUUCUUAUAAGCGUCCGGGUUAGAGUCCCGCUCCUUGAAAGCGGCAGCUCUACCCUUUAGCUCAGUGCGGAUGUUGCCUGUAAUCCAUGGCUUCUGGUUGGGGUAUGUACGUACGGUCACUGUGGGUACGACGUCAUCGAUGCACUUAUCAGUGACUGAUGUGGUGUACUCCUCAAUGCUAUCGGAAGAAUCCCGGAACAUAUUCCAGUCUCAUUUGACCACUUCCUUAUUAACCGAGUCACUGGUGCUUCCUGCUUUAAGGGUUUUUCUUUAUUUUUACUAUUUUCUACAUUGCAGAAUAAUAGUGAAGACAUAAAAACUAUGAAAUAACACAUAUGGAGUCAUGUAGUAACUAAAAAGGUGUUAAACAAAUCAAAAUAUAUUUGAUAUUUGAGAUUCUUCAAAUAGCCACCGUUUGCCUUGAUGACAGCUUUGCACACUCUUGGCAUUCUCGCAACCAGCUUCAUGAGGUAGUCACCUGGAAUGCAUUUCAAUUAACAGGUGUGCCUUCUUAAAAGUUAAUUUGUGGAAUGUAUUUCCUUCUUAAUGCGUUUGAGCCAAUCAGUUGUGUUGUGACAAGGUAAGGGUGGUAUACAGAAGAUAUCUCUAGUUGGUAAAAGACCAAGUCCAUAUUAUGGCAAGAACAGCUCAAAUAAGCAAAGAGAAACGACAGUCCAUCCUAACUUUAAGACAUGAAGGUCAGUCAAUACGGAACAUUUCAAGAACUUUGAACGUUUCUUCAAGUGCAGUCGCAAAAACCAUCAAGCGCUAUGAUGAAACUAGCUCUCAUGAGGACCGCCACUGUAAUGGAUGACCCAGAGUUACCUCUGCUGCAGAGGAUAAGUUAAUUAGUUACUAGCCUCAGAAAUUGCAUCCCAAAUAAAUGUUUCCCUGAGUUCAAGUCACAGACAUCUCAACAUCAACUGUUCAGAGGAGACUGUAUGAAUGAGGCCUUCAUGGUCUAAUUGCUGCAAAGAAACCACUACUAAAGGACACCAAUAAUAAGAAGAGACUUGCUUGGGCCAAGAAACACGAGCAAUGGACAUUAGACCGGUGGAAAUUUGUCCUUUGGUCUGGAGUCCAAAUUUGAGAUUUUUGGUUCCAACUGCUGUGUCUUUGUGAGAAGUGGUGUGGGUGAACAAAUGAUCUCCGCAAGUGUAUUUCCCACUGUAAAGCAUGGAGGAGGAGGUGUUAUGGUGUGGGGGUGCUUUGCUGGUGAUCUGUCUGUGAUUUAUUUAGAAUUCAAGGCACACUUAACCAGCAUGGCUACCACAGCAUUCUGCAGCGAUAUGCCAUCCCAUCUGGUCUGGGCUUAGAGGGACUAUCAUUUGUUUUUUAACAGGACAAUGACCCAACACACCUCCAGGCUGUGUAAGGGCUAUUCUACAAAGAAGGAGAGUGAUGGAGUGCUGCAUCAGAUGACCUGGCCUCCACAAUCCCCCCUACCUCAACCCAAUUCAGAGUGAAGGAAAAGCAGCCAACAAGUGCUCAGCAUAUGUGGGAACUCCUUCAAGACUGUUGGAAAACCAUUCCAGGUGAAGCUGGUUGAGAGAAUGCCAAGAGUGUGCAAAGCUGUCUUCAAGGCAAAGGGUGUCUAUUUGAAUCUCAAAUAUAAAAUAUAGUUUGAUUUGUUUAACACUUUUUAGGUUACUACAUGAUUCCAUGUGUUCUUUCAUAGUUUCGAUGUCUUCACUAUUAUUCUACAAUGUAGAAAAUAGUAAAAAUAAAGAAAAACCCUUGAAUGAGUAGGUGUGUCCAAACUUUUGACUGGUACUGUUUGUAAAUAAGGUAUGUUUUUUUUUGCUAACAUUUCUAAAAACCUGUUUUUGCUUUGUCAUUAUGGGGUAUUGUGUGUAUAGAUGAGGGGGGAAAAAACAAUUUAAUCAAUUUUAGAAUAAGGCUAAUGUAACAAAAUGUGUAAAAAGUCAAGGGGUCUGAAUACUUUCCGAAUGCACUGUACAUACAGAGUUCUGUUGGUGUCUGCAUUAUCAGAGUAGAAGUGUUGCCUCUUAGCUGUCCGUAUUCUAAACCAAGUUUCCAUUGACACGUUCAGGUGAUGGAUGGAAACCUCCUGUACGUCUCCAGAGCCAGAACGUCAGGCGUCCUCUCAGAGGUAACCACCAGCGUUGGAGCAUGGUGCUGCUGACAACACCAGAGUUUGGGUUCAAUUCCCUUAUGGGCCUCAUUCUCAAUAUAUGCGUUAGCUGUCAGUGCUAUAGCCUAAAUACCGUUAUUAUCAUCAUUUAUCAUGCUAGGUAGCCACAGAGACCAGCAUGGCUGACGGGGACUGGCAUGUCCUCCAUCUGUCCACAGUUGGACUUCUGAUGGACGGACAGACAGUCAUGAACACCAGCGACGACGGAGCUCUGGACCUGAGUGCUGUCAAUGUGGAGAAGAUAGUCCUUGGAGCGACUACAACUCCACCACCAUCCGGAGACACGAGAAUCAAGCGUCCAGGUGGGAAGAAAUGAUGUAGGAUGAAGUUGCCCUUAGAUGCUGAUCUUCGGUCAGUUUAGCAUUUUCCCCACUAAUGGUUAAGGUUAGGAUUGGGAAUCCUAGACCUGUACCUAGGGGAAACUUCACCCCGGAUCGGAAUAUAUUUUUGUUUUACAGACAUUUUAAUUUGUCAGUAAAUGACAGACUACUGAGCUGUCUAUUCAUUAACAGUGUGUGUUACUGUAAUCGUGUUCUCUGAGGGUAUUACUGAUAAUGUGUGAAGAUGUUCAGCCAAUCCCAAAUCCACCCCUAGUCCCUACCUCCUAUGUACUCGCAUAGAUCAGAGUGGAUUGGAUAGGUGUUGCAAUAUGGACAAAAAUCCACAUUAUUGUGCUGGAGUCUGGUGUAGCAGUCUAAGCUCCCGACACUGGACUCACAUUCCCCCCUCGGCGACGGGGGUUCAAGCCCCCGCUCUGCCAACUGUCUGUGCCCUUCACUACUUUUUCUCUGUCUAUAUCUCAAUCUGUAUUUACAUCUGUCCAGUCAAAAUACAUAAAGUGACUGGAACUCCCAUCCCAGAAAUAUACUUUACCUAUUUGAAGGCAAAGUGGAGCUAUCAUACCAUAUUGAUUUACGUCCAGUCUUUCAGAUCUACACAACUACCUAGGGGGCUAGGGAAACGUUUUUGGAUCAGGCAAGUAUGUUUCCUGUCUCCCCUCAGUAGGGUUCUCUGGUUGUGUGGAGUAUGUUCGAUACAAUGGCCAUGUCCUGCCAGUCAGCGGCUACAGUCUGAUAGUGGAGGUUUGGCCCAGUUCUACCCUGCUUCAGUCCAGCUGUGAGUCCCCAGGCUCCUGUGUUCCCUCAUGUGAGUCACUGACACACACGCGCACACAUUACAUCUAACAGAUAGGCUCCUCUUACCUGUCCAUACUGUAACACACAUUUCCUCUGGUACGUCCAGGCUCCUGUAUUUCCACAACCUGCCCUGAGGAGGUCCCCACCAAUGCCAGACUACCUUGCAUCUCUCUGCCCUGUACCACUGCUCCAGCCUGCGGUGGCACGGCUGGCACUAGGAACAGCUCCUGUAUCUGCCUUACGGCUGGCUCCUGUGAGCUCUGCUCCUCCCCUCCACCAGAGGACUUCCGGGGAGGAGCAAGAGGAGUGUGUUCUGAUCAGGAGGCCCUCAGGGGCCCCUCCGCUCCUUUGUGGGUCAUCGGCGUGGUCCUCCCCGUCACCUGCGUCCUCCUCUGCCUGGGUGUGUUCCUCUGCCUGAGGAGACGCAACACUAACGCCUGCCGCCACCGGCCACAGAAGCGCCAGGCUGACAGUGGCUCACCGCAGCGGAGAGAGGGAGGGACGGACAACGGAGCGUUUUGUUUCGAAGGCCCAAGGACCACUAGGGCUGUACCUGCGGUGAGAGGGAAGCCACCUGACGUGAUCCGGGCGGACAGACCGAGGGAGAGGGAGGCUGUCCAGGACGGGUACAGUACAGCCAGGCCAGGUGUGGAGGCUGGUGAACACAGUGAGGAGCUGGAAUACUACGAGAUAGACAGUGUCUAUAGUGUGUUCCAAUCUGAGACUGGUUCUCUAAGGGUCACUGGGCCUUUUCACAACACAGACUGGGAGAGGACAGACACUGGAGGGAGGGGAGGAGGAUUGAGGGGAUGUCAGAAGAAAAUAUCCUCAAAUCCAGAUGACAGAAACAGGUCAGUGGAGCUGUGGCAGAGGCCCCUGACACACCCUGACCAAAGAGUCUCCAGAGACAGAGGAUGUGGUAAGGCCAGUGGGCCGCUGAGUCAGGUAGAUGAUAGGUGGAGAGAGGGUGAAGAGCGCCGCUUCCCCGGGAGGUUGGCAGUGCCAGCGCUGAAGGGUCCUCCUCAGUGUCUCUCUGUGGAGGAGGUGAGGAGGCUGAACAACCCUGCGGGCCACGGGGAAUCAGCCCAAACACAGCAUGACAGGGAACCCUUUCAGUUACAUCAGCAGUCGGGUCAGCUGGCUCAACGGCCCAGACCUGGCAGUGCUACCAGAGGGAUAAACAGAGGGAUGGGAAGUUCUUCAGAGAGCGACACCUACAGCGCCUUUACCUGCUCAGAGGUCGACUUUGACAGGGACUUCUCUCUCCUAAGCGCCCAGGGCUUGUUACGGGAACAGACACUGGUCACCAGCCGCACCCACAGAGAACCAGAGGAGAGCCUGCCUGUCCCCUCCCCAUUUAGAGACCCUGUGCCCCCCUCUCAGGCCCACUACAGGACUAGGAUGGCUGACUCUGGUGAUUCCCCUCAGCAACGGGAGCAGCUCCUGAACAUGUGUGUGUGUUUCGACACCUACGCCCCAGUGUUUGAGGACAUCGCAGGGCUGCCAAUGGAACAACCACCUGACUGGGACAGGCAAAGCGAUCUGGAGGAGAUCAUAUGA